CCUCCUUUCUCGCUCCUCGACUCCAGAGGUCUCGGCUCUCAACACCGCCUCGCCUCGUCCAUCGUCAACAACCACAAAGCCGUCGCCCAUCACCGUCGCCCUCACCGCACCGCACCCGCCAUCGCCCUCGACCGAGUGCGCCGCGUGCAGGGCGCCCGGCCAGCCACGCACCCGUUCAUCACCCAUCCCCCGACGACCGUCGAUCCAUCCAUCCACCCAUCCAAGACAGGCGUCCGGGCGCGCGCGUGAGCCGAGCACCCGCCCUCGAAGCCGGUCCCAGGAAUGACUGAGACGCGCACCGCCUAAUACCUACCUAGCCCAGCCACCACGCCUACCUAGUAGUCGACGACGACGACGACGGCGGCGGCCACCAACGGCGGCUUGCUUGCUUGCUUCGCUCGCUCCACAUCGACGUUGGUGCGCAACGAACGACCCGCCGCCGCCGACACCCUCGACAGCGGCCCGACCACAACGACACCACCACUGUCGAGACAACAAGCGCAUUCAAAACGAACGCCCAUCAUGGACGCCUCGUCCUCUGCUGCUGCUGCUCCCGACGCUCUCCCGCCCCCUAUCCCGGCCCGUCACCACCACAUCGUGCCCACGUCCCCUCAACAGCACGAUCAUCAUCACCAACAGCACCACCAGCACAACCAGCACAACCACCACCAUCACCCCCAACAGCUGCAGACCCCCCAUCGCAGCGCCCGCCGCCCUGGCUCCAGUGCCGCCAUCCCUCCCGCCAGCCCCGAAGUCAUAUCCAACCUCAUCACGAGCCUCAGCGUCAUCUCGCAGCCCGCAAACUCGCACUUCGAGUCCCUCUCCCUUCCUGCGAGCCCCGGCCUCAGUGGUUCCGCCUCGGGCGGUAGCUUCGGCGUCGACUACGGCGCCUACAACCGUCCUGCGCACAACAAUGAUGCCCUCCACCGUCCCGUCUCACUCGACGAACUCGCCGCGAGCCCUCCCGUCGUCCGCACUUCCAAGCCCCCCAGCGGCUUCUCGCCCUUGACCGCUCCCAAGAGCCCCAGGGCCUCUGCCCACCGCUCCUCCAGCCACGAAAGCAUAACCGGCGGCUUGCGCUCCUUCAUCCGCUCCAGCAGCACCCACAACUCGAGGCCCUCCUCCCCGGGCUCCCUCGCCUCCGGCAACGGCGGAGACUCAGCUGCCAGCAUCGGCAAUCUCUCCAUUGAACGCAGCGCCGCCCUGUCCCCGGACCUCAGGCCCCGCCGCUCCCACGACAGCUGGGGCAAGAAGACAAACCGCAACAGCAAAGGCCUCAUGUACAUGAGCUCCAAGGAGCGCCUUCGCGAGCGCGAGCUUGACCGGAAGCGCCCCGCGGGCACCUUGCCGCCCUCGGCGGGAACCAACCCUGCUAUGACCGAGCUGGGAGUUGCUAGCUCUACCGGCGAAUUCAAGCUCGCCGCCGCCGCCACUACCGGCGCAACCCGCGCUGACCCUUUCCUCGCCGGCACGCCCAUAUGCGAGGAGGAGCCGGCCGGCGAUCACGGGGCGCCAGAGCCUGACACGCUCCUUGGGAGCCCCAAGCCCAUUCCGGUGCGCGAUUCGAGUCUCAGAAAGGCUGGUUCCAAGCAGCGCAAGAGGACGAGCGCCAGACGGUCCAAGCGGGACGGCGAAUUACCACUCGACGAUGCAAUCAUGGAGGCCGACGAGCCCCAACGAAGCCGCGACGACAGCCCUGAGGGCCACACUCGCAUAGGUUCGGAUCAUGGCCUGGCCACGGCACGAUCGUUCCUCUUGGACGACGAAGAGACGGUAUCGCCUCCGCGGGCGGCGGCUGGUCGCGGCCUCGGCGUGGAUCAAGGGGCCGUCGACGACGACGACGAAGACGCCGCACCUUAUCCCGCCAUCUCGGGUGGCCGUCGUCGCAGCGAGCAACAAGACGAGCGAAGUACCAGCCGCCUUUCUGGGCGGCUUAGCCCGGGCCCCAAGGAGGCGCUCAUGGUCAAGCGCAGCGGCUCUCGACUUCAGCGCUUGUCCAACGGGCCUCGCAGCCCGCGCGAGCCGCGGAGCGGCGUCGCCUCCCCCGAGCCGCGCGAACCGCAGCAGCAAACCCCCACCCCGUCCGCCGCCGCUUACGAGAGACCAGACUCGGCAGAUUCCAUUGACGACGCUGUCGAGUCGUAUUUGUGCUCGCCGCGGCUGUCCCAACGACUGCGCCACCCCCAGACGGGCCGCGUUAUAUCCUUCUCCGAGGUCGGCGAUCCCAACGGGUCGGCCGUCUUUUGCUGCGUGGGCAUGGGGCUCACGCGGUACAUCACAGCGUUCUAUGACGAGCUCGCGCUCACUCUCAAGUUGCGUCUAAUCACACCGGAUCGUCCGGGCGUUGGAGACAGCGAGGCGUACUCGGACGGCACGGCCACGCCCUUGAGCUGGCCCGACGACGUGUAUGCCAUCUGCCAGGCGCUCAAGAUCACAAAAUUCUCCAUCCUAGCCCACUCGGCGGGUGCCAUCUAUGCGCUCGCUACGGCGCUGCGCAUGCCACAGCAUAUUCGUGGCCGCAUUCACCUGCUCGCACCUUGGAUUCCCCCGUCCCAGAUGAACGUCUUUGGCACCUCGGUGACAUCCCCGCCGACGAACGCGAUUCCGACGUCCCAGAAGAUUUUGCGCGCCCUUCCGACACCGUUCCUCAAGGCGGCCAACUCGAGCUUCAUGACGGCGACGAGCAGUUCUAUUACCAGUUCGCUACCAAAGAACGCCAGGCGAACGAAGAAGAAGGCCGGCCAUGGCAAGGAGGUUGGGGGUACGCCGGCCCGCGACGUGACGGCAAUGAUGGACAAGGAGAACAUGGGCUAUGGGCCCCAGGGCAAAGACGGGGGAGCGCGGCCCGAGUCGGUUGGCCCGGCGGAGAACAUGGACCGCAUGCAGGUACCCAAGAAUAUGGGAGGCAACGGCAGUCCGUCGUUCAACGUGGCCACGCGGGAUCCCGCCGCCGACAAGGAGCGGCAGGUAACGUACGAUGUGCGGCUCACGCACGCCAUUUGGGCCCUGGCGACGACGGGCGCGAACCCGGCCGUGGACCUCCUCGUAUGCCUGGAGCGGCGGCACACCAUCGGCUUCCGCUACGUCGACAUCACGCGGCCGGUCGUGAUUCACCACGGCAGCCGCGACACGCGCGUGCCAGUAGACAACGUCAAGUGGCUGGGCAAGACGAUGCGGCGGUGCGAGGUGCGCGUCCUCGAGGGCGAGGGCCACGGCCUGAUGGCGAGCGCGACGGUCAUGGGGUCGGUUCUCAUGGAGAUGAGCAAGGAGUGGGAGGACUGGAUGCGAGCGACGGGCGCCGACGGGCGCAAGGAGACGCCGCGGCCGCGGAAGGGCACGCUGGUGAGGUGAGGAGACGACGUACACCCGUGUUGCUGGUGUUUUUGUGUUGAAUAUCUCUUUGGAGCAAGAGAUGUCGGUGUCUGUCCACGGCGUACGGGAGAGUGGGAGGGAGAACGGGGACUUUUGGACGGCGGAGCACGUGACAUGCUGGAUACCAUUGCUUUUUUUCUUGUUUUUCUGGCCCUUUUAACAUCGGCUGCUUAUACCUUGUAUGCGUACGAGUUCCCGGCGAUGACGGUGGAUGGGAAGGGGUGGUGGAUGGAUUGAUGGAUGAAUGGGAUGACCUGUAUAGAGUACCCUCGCAUGGGGGUCUUAAUAGAAAGGAUGACACAGGUGUCUGGGGUGGCCGUUGCAUGAUUAUGAGAGUGGGAAGGUGAGGGCUGGGGCGGAGUGAUGGUACGUUUUUAAGGUGAGGAUGAAGGUGCAUGUGAGGGUGCAUGUGAGGC